GAACUAGACAGUGUGAUUAUUAUGAAGCACAUAUUCCUGCUGCGUGCAAACGACAAAGACGCCGUCCAACGCCUUAUCGAAUGGUACAACUUGCGGAGUACCACUGCACAACAUGUCCGCAAGAUGCUUGUGGAGAAGCAUAAUCGCGAUCCAAAGGCGUUGAUCGGGCUGAGCUUCGAGGAACUGCACGUAAUGGCCAAUAACUUGGAGGUCGAGGUGCCUGAUUUUACUCUAAAGCUGACGCCGCCAGCACCGUCUGUUCCAAUGCCAGCCUCUGAGGUAGAUGCCAAGAUGCCGUCCCGGCCUCGGCAUACAUUGGUGUCCAAGCUAUUCAUGAGAGCUGGAAAGAAGCGUAGAUAGCACCUUGUAAAUCUUGACUGUUGAAUGUAUGGGACAGAAUU